CGACGACAAGGGCCUAUGUGGUGUCGAUAUACUAGAAUCGUCAAUUUCAUACCUAGCUUUCGAAGUUAAUUGACGUCGCCAGACUCCAGAAGAGAACCCUAGCGGGAAACAUGGGGCAUAAGCCCAGAUGCGGCUAUAUCGCCGAACCGCGUGCCAGGCUAUGAUAAUAUUCUUGCAUGUCAUUGGCCGUAUUACAGGAAACGGUGAAGAUGCUCGUUUAGCUAGAACUCUAAUGAUGCAUGAUGCUCGGAGACCAUUAAUGUCUCCAAGGAAUUCUCUUCCCUUGGGGGCUGGUCUGGUGAAGUUGUGCAAAUUUGAAUGCUAUCUUUCGGAAAGUACCGGUCUCGAUUACCUCCUCUGUCGAACUCGGAUGUCAGCCAUUAUCGGGCUAAGAACAAGGCUAGAGCACAUGGCAAGUUGUGGUGAUGUAUGACAGAUGUUGAUUUGACUCUUUGACCUGUGGAGAACGGGGCAUUACCUCGUCCCGGCACAUUGGUGACAAUCACUAGAAUGAAAAUGCGGGGAAGCUCUUUAGUAUGGAUGGAUUUAUGGAGUGGAACUCGGAAUCGUCGCC